AUGGAGUGCAAGAGUGCGCUGCUGACCAGAGAAGUGCGUACCGAACAACUGCACCUAGGUGUACAGUUGAAGACGGCAGCGUGUAAGCGAAUUGGCGACUCAAGUGGCAGUGGCACACGAAGUCCGCUUCGCUCAAACAGUCCAGCCGAGCUAGAGCUCUUUAAAGCCAUUCGUAUGAACGACCUGAAGAAGGUGAAGGAUAUCAUCAACUCCAAAGAGGUUGACCUCAACACACGCCACUCUCUUGGCUGGACCUUUCUCCAGAGUGCCGCAGUUAGAGGUGCUCAUGAGAUCGUUCAAGUACUGCUCGAAGCGGGCGCAGACCCUGAUGCCAUUGAUGAGUUUUCAAAUGCGGCUCAGAUUUCAUUUGAGAAGAAGCUAAACUAUGUGGCUGUUUUCAUGCUUAGAGAAGAGGAGUUUGCUGAUUUUCUCUCCGGAAACGUUAGCUUUCUUGGCUCAACAGCACUACAUUACGCCGCACUGGCCGAUUCUCCGGAAACAAUUCGAGUUCUGAUGGCCCACCAUGCUAAUCCAAACCUUGAAAAUGAAUUCGGCCACAAGGCAUUUGACUACAUUAAAGACUCACAGGAUCCAGCAAUGGUGCAGCUCAUUCCCGAGUUUACUAAAUAUGCAAUGGAAUAUGAAGACUACAUCAAACAACAGCAACUUGAAUCUCGUCGCAAGUUUCCUCUGGAGCAGCGUAUUCGUGAGGUGAUCAUCGGUCAAGAGGGUGCCAUCACCACUGUAGCAGCUGCUAUUCGCCGAAAGGAGAAUGGAUGGACUGAUACCGAACACCCGCUGGUGUUCCUCUUCCUCGGAUCAUCUGGAAUAGGAAAAACCGAGCUUGCCAAGCAGGUGGCUAACUACUUGCACGGCGACAAGCCAUCGACCUUGUCAAAGUUGAAGGGCAGCAGCAAGCCAGAGGGCAAUAAGUCCUUUAUUCGAAUUGACAUGUCAGAGUAUCAGGCAAAGCACGAAGUGUCCAAGUUCAUUGGCAGUCCUCCCGGGUACGUGGGCCACGAAGAGGGCGGACAGCUGACCAAAGCUCUAACCGAAAAUCCCAACGCUGUUGUUCUCUUUGAUGAGAUUGAGAAAGCCCACCCUGAUGUGCUUACAAUCAUGUUGCAGCUUUUUGACGAGGGUCGACUCACUGAUGGAAAGGGACGGACUAUUGUGUGCAAAGACGCCAUCUUCAUAAUGACGUCAAACCUGGCUAGUGAUGAGAUUGCCGACUACGGAAUCAAGCUGAGAAGGGAAAGUGAAGAGCUGACAAAGGCGCACUACAGUGGAAAGAUUAUCAACGAACAGGAAACUGACAAAGUGGUCGUUAGUCGGUACUUUAAAGACAACGUCAUUAGGCCGAUUUUGAAGCGACACUUUAAGCGAGAUGAGUUUUUAGGACGCAUCAAUGAAAUUGUCUACUUUCUGCCCUUCUCUCGUUCUGAGCUGCACAAGUUGGUCACCAGAGAGCUGGAGCUGUGGAAGGAGAGAGCCGCCAUUCGGCAUCGCAUCAGCCUUUCCUGGGACCGAAAUGUGAUUGGCGUGCUCGCCAACGGCUACGAUGUGCACUACGGAGCGCGGAGUAUCAAGUACGAGGUGGACCGUAGGGUGGUCAACAAGCUGGCCUCAGCUCACGAGAAUCGCCUGAUGUUGCCCGGUGCCAAGGUGCACGUGGUCGUCUCCGAGGAUGGCGAAGAGUUCACCUUUGCAAAGGUGGAGCCGACUCCUCUGCAGGAGGCUACUGAAACAG